UAUUAACCGACGAGACGUCCCAAAAGAUAUUCUCACUUGACUCAGGAGUCCCAUCCAGUCGUUCGUUUAUUGAACAGUCUUAAUUUCCUGACCAGCAGAGAUACUGCCUCAACGACAAUGCCUAUACCUAGCAAACACAAAUCCGAUACCAUGCCGACGCCAGGAGAUUACGCCGUCAGCACUGGAGAUUCAGGGCCAGUGAAAUACGUUGCCGCCCCAGCGUUAAGCCAGCCUGAUACAACUACCGCGAUUCAGGAAGCAAAUACCAUUAUCGACGACGGCCAUGUGCAGGCCACGGAGAAAGGAGAACAAGGGUCAGGAGGGCCGACCGAAGAGGGUGAGAACGGGCAGAAGGACAUAAUCGACAAGCCUCAGCCUACCGGACUUUCGGGUGAGGAGGACCAUGACAUUUCGACUCAAGCGACGAGCGUGGCGGCCACAGCUCAGGAAGAGAAGAGCGAGACGAGUCCACUGGAAGAUCAUAAGCUACUGCAAGAGCAACCGGGCGACUUGAUUGCUGGUGCUCCCAAGGGUCACACCCAAGGGGUCGAUGUGGACGAAGCCAGCAGCGGCAAAGAAGACAUGCCGAGUGUUGACGAGGAGAAGGGCGAUAGAGCCGCUGGCUACGAGGAGACGCAGAAGCCCGGCAAGAAGAAGCACGAGAAAGGAGAUCACGAGAAAGAAAGCCAUAUUCCAAAUCUGGAUACGAAACUGAGAGACCGCGCAGAAUCGGAUUGCAAGACCCGGAUUGAUACCCUCCAAGGCCAGAAUCAUGGCCAGGAAGAAGACCUCCAGGACAAGAUCCGCACCCCGGAAGCGAAGCUAAGCGAGGGACAAAAGCAUAGACGGAGUCUGGAAGAUACGGCUACGCAGCAGAUGAAACUGCACUGCGACCUGGAAGACGAGCUCGCGAAAGCAAAAAGCCAGGCGGAGGGGGACUUGAAGAAAUGCCACGAGGAGAGAAAGGCCGAGGUGAAACGCAAGGACAACCGGACUACGGACCUGGGAGCCGAGCUCGAGGACUGCAAGGGGCGUCAGGAGGACAUGUCCAAGGAAGUCGAGGCCAGAGACGAGAGGAUUGUUCGACUUGAGACAGAGCUCAAUAAGGCCAGGAAUGAUCUGGAGGAAUACCACAGGGACAGAGAAGGGAUCAAGGGGAUUGUGGAGACGAUUACGAGAAAGUGCAGCGACAUUGUGAGCCUGACAUCAGACAGCAGCCCGACGACACCCAGAGAGGGCGCGGUGGCAACGAGCGAGACACCGGCACGACAGCCGUCGGAUUCGCGGCACGGCCACCACCACGAGGUCUCGUGCUCGAGGGCGCGGCGGCCGUGGGUUACGCUCCUGGCCGUGGCCGCGCUGCUUGCGGCCGCGGUGGACGGGGUGCUGGCCAGCCAGCGGUUCUCGCAGGCAUACGGGUUCUACUACCACGGGGGCUUUGACGGGCUCACCCAUGUGUUCGUGUUCCGCACCUGGUGGCAGGUCGCCGCCUUCAUCUUGGCGACAUCAUACCUCGCCUCCGGCCUUGCCGGGGGCGAAGAUGGAGUGCGACUGUGGAUGGCACGGCGCCGCCUAGUCAUGGCGGGGAGGAGGAGAAGAGAGUAA